AUGAGUACCCCUAUACAAGAACAGCAGCAGCAGCAGCUGCAGCAGCAGCAGCAGCAGCAGCAAGAACAGGUGCACCUGCAGCAACUGCAGCAGAAACAACAACAGCAGCAGCAGAUGCUGCAGCAGCAGCAGCAAGAUAAUGGAGGUGCAGAUACACCGCAUAUUCCUCAUGAACAAGAACAAACAACAAGGGAAGCAACUCCUGCAGAAAAAGAAGAAGCACAGCAACAGCAGCAGCAGCAGCAACUGCAGCAGCAGAUGCAGCAGCAGAUGCAGCAACAGAAGCAACAGCAGCAGAUGCAGAUGCAGCAGCAGAUGCUGCAGCAGCAGCAGAGACAAGCAAGUCUUGUUGCACAGGAGCAGAGAGAGCGUCAACAACAGCAUCAGCAGCAACUCCAACUGCAACUGCAGCAGCAGCAGCAACUGCAGCAGCAGCAGCAGCAGCAGCAGCAGCAGCAGCAAAUGACUCGAGCUCCUUCUCAGAGUUUUAAAUGGAAGCAAGAUGUUGUAGAUACAUUAAGUAUACCAGAAUUGGAUGUGAAUUUGAAUAAGACGGAAGGGAAAUCUCCUCUUCAUGAAUUCUCCGCUAAAUUACUACUUAGAUAUAUAAGAGCAUUAGUACAACAAUCCUCCUCUCAAUGUGAAUAUAUAAUAAAGAAAAGAGCAGCAGCAACAGCAGCAACAGCAGCAGCAGCAAAUAAAUCCUUUAAUUUGCUGCUGCAGCAAGUUAAACCCUCAUGGGAGGUUGCUAUUGCUGCUGAGCAUAAACUUACCCUUGAGCAAGCACAUCUAUUAUUAGAGAAAUGUUUAGUAAAUAUGCAAUCUGCAUUAGAGCGCGACGUAUCCGAGCUGCAGCAGCUGCAGCUAAAAGCAGCAGCAGCAGCAGCAGACAGGGAGGCAUCAGCAGCAGCAGCAGCAAGACUACGUAGUAUAACAGCAAAAGAGGCAGAGAGUUUAGGGAUACCUCCUGAAGCAGCAGCAGCAGCAGCAGCAGCUGCAGCAGCAGCAGGUACAGGAGCAUCUGAUGGAACAGCAGGAGCAGCAGGAGCAGCAGCAGCAGCAGCAGGAGCAGCAGCAGCAGCAGCAAAAGGAGUAAUUGCUGUACGUUAUGUAUACGAAGAUGGUACAGAAGUAUCAGACCCUGCGCAUCUACCUGAGGGUGCAAAGAUAGCGCAUGCAGCAGCAGCAGCAAAUCUACGUGCUACUGUUGCUGCUGCAGCAGCAGCAGCAAGAGCAGCAGAACAGCAAGCACUUGCUGCUGCUGAUAAUAUGGCUAGGGCAUCGGAGCUACAGGCAGCAUUUAACAGCAGCAGGAGCAGCAGCAGCAGCGAGGCACCACUGCAGCAACUGCAGCAAUACUAUAAGCAGCAAUCCCUCCUAUUAGAGAAGCAGCAGCAGCAGGCAAAACAGCAGCAGCAGCAACAGCAGCAACAGCAGCAGCAGCAACAGCAACAACAACAGCAGCAUGGUGCUGCAUCUGCUGCUGCUGAGGCAGCAAAAAGACAAGAACUGCAGCAGCAAGACCAAUUGCAUCAACAGCAGCAGCAACUCUUGAGACAACAUCUGCAGCAGCAGCAGCAACUGCAGCAACAGCAGCAGCAGCAGCAGCAUAUGCAGCAGCAAAUAGAGACCGUAUCUUCUAUACAAAGACCCCCACAAAUCUCUACAACUCCUCAGAACCCUAAUUGGUUCAGCAGCAGCAGCAGCAGCAGCAGCAGCAGCAGCACGGAUAUGCUGCAGCAGCAAGCAGCAGCAGCAGCAGCAGCCCAUGCAGCACAUGCAGCAGCAAAGAGCCAUACACAUCUUAUACCCCGUGCAGCAUCUUUUCAGCUGCCGCUGCACCAGCUAAGCAGCAGCAGCAGCAGCAGCAGCAGCAGCAGCAUAGCCAGCAGCUGGAAGAGGACAAUCAAUACAACAGAGAGGACAGAGAUAUACAUGAGGAGAAGCAGAGGGAGACAUGCAAGUGUCUCUCCUGCAGGUGUAUCUGCUGCUGCUGCUGCAGCAGCAGCAGCAGCAGCAGGACAAGAUGGCAGCAAUCAGCAGCAGCAGCAGCAGCAGCAGCGGCAGCCGCAGCGCAGCCUCAGCCUUACAAAUCCUCUUAAGAGCGCAGGCAAGUUGCUGCAGGCAUUAGGCCUAUGGCAAUCCAGUGGGGAUGAGGAAGAAGAGGAGCAGCAGCAGCAGCAGCAGCAGCAGCAACAGCAGCAGCAGCAACUACAGCAGCAGCAGCAGCAACAACUACAGCAGCAACUGCAGCAGCAGAGGGGAUCUUUGCUGCCUCCUCUUCCUCCUCCUUCUCCUAUGGGUUUUAUGCCCCAUCAUCGCAUGCAAGGAGACACAGCAGCAGCAGCAGCUGCUGCUGCUGCAGCAGCAGCAGCAGCAGCAACAACAGGUGCAGCAGGAGGAUAUACAGAAGAUGUAUCUGUACAACUAGAGCAGCAUGUGCAGCAGAUGCAGCAACAACUGCAGCAGCAGCUGCAUCAACAAUUCCUGCAGCAAGUACGAGCUAUGCAAGGAGCAGCAGCAGCAGCAGAUGCUGUUAUACCUAAUCCUCUAGAUACACAACAUCUGCAGCAGCAAUACAUGCAGCAGCAGCAGCAGCAGCAGCAACGACAGCAACAGCAACAACAGCAACAACAGCAACAACAUCUUCGCCAGCAGCAAUACAUGAAGCAGCAACAAGAGAUGCAGCAACAUAAACAACAAGAACAGCAACAGCAGCAGCAGCAGCAGCAGCAGAAGGGAACCCAACUCCUGCCCCAACAAUACUAUCAACAGCAGCAACAGCAGCAACAGCAACAGCAGCAACAGCAACAGCAGCAACAGCAGCACUACGGCAAUCACCAGCAUCAUAAUCAUCAGCAGCAGCACUACAUUCAGCAACAACAACAGCAGCAGCAGCAGCAGCAGCAGGAGCAGCAGGAGCAGCAGCAGCAACAAGAAGUAUAUAUAGAUGGUGAUGGUGUUCGUCGUAUACGUGUAAGUGCAUUAAGGAAAAAAAUAUAUAAUAAACAAGAAGAAGAAGGAGAAGGAGAGGAAGAAGAAGAAGAAGAAGAAGAGGAAGAAGAAGAGGGAGAGGAAGAAGAAGAGGGAGAGGAAGAAGAAGAGGGAGAGGAAGAAGAAGAGGGAGAGGAGGAAGAAGAAGAGGAAGAGUUGUUGUUGCUGCAGCAGCAGAUGCAGCAGCAGCAGCAGCAGCAGCAACAGAUGCAGCAACAUAUGUAUGUACAACAUAUGCAGCAACAACAGCAACAUAUGUAUGUACAACAGCAACAUAUACAUAUGCAAAAACAGCAACAUAUACAACAAGUACAGCAACAGCAACAGCAGCAAAUGCAGCAGCAGCAGCAGCAGCAAAUGCAGCAAAUGCAGCAGCAGCAGCAGCAGCAGCAGAGGCAUUAUGUUGGUACAAUUGAACAAAUAAAUGCAUUAAAACAAAAACACAUGCAAAUGCAGCAAGCACAUGUCUAA